GACAAGAGAGGCCAGUGGGCCAACAAGAGGGAGUUCAUUUUAGCUGUGAUUGGAGAAAUCAUUGGUCUGGGAAAUGUUUGGAGAUUUCCUUAUCUCUGCUUCAAAAAUGGAGGGGGAGUUUUCUUCGUGCCUUAUGUUUUGUUUCUGUUCACCUGUGGAAUUCCCAUCUUCUUUCUGGAGGUGUCUUUGGGGCAAUUAACUGGUCAGGGUGGAAUCACAUGUUGGAGGAAAAUCUGUCCUUUACUUGAAGGUUUAGGCUACGGCAAUCAAGUGAUUAUGCUUUACACUGCAAUGUAUUACAUUGUCAUCCUGGCUUGGGCCUUCCUCUAUCUCUUCUCUUCCUUCCACACUGUCCUCCCCUGGGCCAGCUGCAACAACACCUGGAAUACAGGGAACUGCAUUGAUAGUGGUCAAAAUGAUUCAUUUCAUGAAAAUGCAACAUCUUCAGUCAACGAGUUCUGGCAGAUUAGAAUCCUGGGUUUAUCUGCAGGACUGGAGACUGUAGGUGGUUUGCGCUGGGAUCUGGUUGGGUGUCUUCUGCUAAGCUGGAUCAUCUGUUACUUCUGUAUCUGGAAAGGAGUCAAAACUUCAGGAAAAGUUAUUUACUUUACGGCCACUUUUCCCUAUGUGAUGUUGAUUAUAUUGCUGAUCCGUGGUUUGACAUUACCAGGAGCUGCAAAUGGUAUUCAAUUUUACAUCUCUCCUAAUGUGACACGCCUGGCUGAUCCUCAGGUGUGGCUGGAUGCUGGGAGCCAGAUAUUAUUCUCUUAUUGUGUGUGCUCCGGCUGUUUGGCAUCUUUGGGAAGUUACAACAAAUACAACAACAACUGCUACAAAGACACCUUCUUUUUAUGCUUGCUGAACAGUUUAACCAGCUUUGUUGCUGGGUUUGCAGUCUUCUCUGUUCUUGGCUUCAUGUCAUAUGAAUUGGGAGUUGACAUUUCAACUGUGGCUGAGUCAGGUCCUGGCUUGGCAUUCAUUGCCUACCCUCGAGCAAUCGCCAUGAUGCCUUUACCUCAACUCUGGGCUGUGUUCUUCUUCAUUAUGAUUAUCUUCCUGGGACUGGACAGUGAGUUUGUGUAUCUGGAAGGUCUGGUGACAUCCAUAUCAGAUAUGUAUCCAUCCUUCUUUUUCACUGGUCAUCGACGUAAAAUUCUUCUGUUGGUCAUCUGUAUUGUUUCCUUCAUCAUUGGCCUGUUUAUGGUGACUGAGGGAGGACUUUAUGUGUUCCUGCUGUUUGACUACUAUGCUUGCAGCGGGUUGCCGAUAAUGUUUUUUGGCAUCUUGGAAGCUGUUUGUAUCGGAUGGAUAUUUGGUGCCGAUCGUUAUUAUGACAAAAUAGAGGAAAUGAUUGGCUACCGGCCUUUAUCUUAUAUGAAAUACUGCUGGAAGUUUGUCUCACCAUCUUUUUUUGCUGUUAUAUUGAUCUUCUCUCUGGUCAAGUUCACGCCUCUGAAAUACAACAACACCUACCAGUACCCCUGGUGGGGCUAUGCUGCUGGGAUAUGUCUUGCUCUCUCUUCAGUCCUUUUGACUCCUCUGUGGAUUGUCUACAGCAUGGCAAGAACUCCAGGAACAAUACUAGAGAGGCUGAAAACUUUGUGCACUCCAGCAGCAGACCUAUGUAAUCGAUCACCAAAGACUCUUUCCCCUCAAGCACCUCUUUUUAAUGAAGAGCUGUGUGUCUUGAACAUGGAUAAAAAGCCCUAA